AUGUCUGUUGAGACAACAUUAGUGGUUGUUCCUGACAAGCUGGGGGUAUCCUCGAAGAGCCAGGGCAUUGGACCAUGGUUCGGAACAGUUGAGAACACGGACUGGCCGACUGUGAUGGUGGCUGACGGCACCGUAGUCCACCGAAGAGAACAACAAGAGGAUUCUUCGGAAGUCGUUUCGAGACGUAAACUUGGCCUGGGUGCGAUACGCAAGCGAUGGCACAACCUGUAUCUGAACAGCCUCUGCCUACAGUGUCGAAUUGAGGACGCCAUCAACAGAUAUCAG